AUGCUCAAGAUGUCGAAUAUGUCGUUCACCGCUUCGUUUGAAUUCCCGUCCACUGUUCUGCCACGCACUCCGAUGGAGUGGAAGUCCGUGCUGAAAGACGUCAAGGUCCUUUACCUCCAACGACAGUACAAACAAUGUGCCAAUCGCUCUGUGGAGCUGCUGGAAACUGCCAUUGAGCCUAUCCAUCCUAUUUGUAAAACAUAUCUGUUUUUCUAUGCUGCCAUCUCCUACGAAUUCCUUGGUCGAGCUGCCCACAUCUACUCCAGAAACAAGAUCUCUCUGCUCCGUUCCGCGCUGGACUACUUUGUUUCUUGCGGUGCAGCUCUGCCCUCUCCCAUUGCGCUCACAGCACCAAACACCUGUGUGCCUCGUUCACCCGCUACAAACCCUGUGCUUUUCUGUGAUGGCGCAGAGGAGCUCCUCUUUGAAUCUGAGUCUCUGGUCGAAAGUCUCACACGUAUGAUUGACAGCUCUCUUUUCUUCGGUCUAGAUGAGGACCCGUUCAUUUCAGACAACGACUCUUCCCGAUCCCCGAUCAAGCUCUCUCCAGUCAAGCAGCUGACCAACACCAAGGACCCCGUGAAGAAGGACCGCCUCAUUCCCUCUCCUCUGCGCAUCCGAAAGAUCUCCGGAGAGAUCAAUGUCUGUGGAUUGACCAAGGCGAACGACGAGAAUGACGAGAAGACGCCGCCGACGCCGCCGAAGAAAGCACGAGGCAGAUCUCGUCCUGCUCCACUGCCCCUCAAGGUCGUCCCAUCCAACCGACUGAACAUCUCCCCUGCAAAGGCAAGUCCACCCAAGGCAAGCAUCAUUGCGGCCUCCCCACCGCGCACCGCGUCCCCGAAGAGGAACCACGCUGGCAGAAUGACCCCGACCAAGAUGACCAAGAAGCCAGCACACGAUCCCACCAAGAAGAAGAACAAGAAGAAGCAGAAGACGCUCGAGCCCAUCACCCCAGCCCGCGCAGCAGCCAUUACAAUGUUCAACAACAGCAUCGAGUUCCUACGCGCGCAGGUCAUCUCGAGCAUUGCCUCGCUGCAGGUGCAGGUGGUCCGGAUCUCCGAGAUGCAGCGCGCCCGCCGUGCUCGCAACAUGCGGCGCUCGGCUUCGUUCUGGAGCUUUAGUCCCAUCAAGAAUGGGGACCACCAGGCUGAUGCGUGGCGCGAGGAGGAACCGACCAUUGAUCAGUUUGGGAAUCUGCUCUGGAAGGAGACGAAGGAGCAGCGCAUUGAGCGGCUUCGGGCUGAGGGGUGGAUGACCGUUGGGCUGCGGUCUCAUCGGAGUGAGUGGAAGGGGGCGGAGUACUACCAGGCGUUCUGCAGUGCCGUCUUGGAUGAAAUCUAUCUAGGCGUGUGA